AUGCCGGACAAGCCAGUGGUGCUGCUCACCGGUGCAUCUCGCGGUCUGGGGCUGGCCAUCCUGAAGCUGCUGCUGGCGGGAUCUGCGUCUACGUCUUCGGCGAGGUUCGCUGCCUCUCGCGUGGUCACGAUCUCACGAACGCUCUCUGCCGAGCUUUCGUCUCUGCAGGCAUCGUACGCAUCCGAUCUAGUAUGCAUUCAAGGCGACGUAACGUCGGCAUCUGUGAAUGCGCAGGCGGUUGCGACGGCAGUGCAAAAGUUUGGGCGCUUGGACUCGGUGAUUCUGAACGCAGGCGUGGUGUCGACGGUACGAAUCUCGUCGCUAAAGCCGCAAGAGCUGGCCGAGAUGCUGAAUGUCAACACGGUCUCGUUGGUCACGACGAUUCAGGCGGGUCUGGUAGAACUGAGGCGAUCCAAGAUCGGCACGGUAGUGUUCGUAUCCUCCGGUGCAGCCACGGGCAACACGGCGGGUUGGGCAGCUUACAAUGCGAGCAAAGCGGGCAUGAAUGCUAUUGCGCGAACGCUCGCAAACGAAGAAGAAUCACUUGCCGUCUUCGCCAUCCGUCCAGGCGUGGUAGACACCGACAUGCAGACACUCCUCCGUGGUCACGGUAAGCACGCCAUGAAGCCAUCCGAAUUCCAAAGGUUCAUCACGCUUCACGAACAAGGCAAGCUGCUAAGACCCGAACAGCCUGCUUUCACCAUCGCAGCUCUCGCCAUCACUGGCUCUAGGACCCUGCCCAAGGGCAACGAUGGUGCCGGUCUAGGCGAGCAAGGUGCCUUUAUUACUUGGAACGACGACCUCUUGAACGCCUACAAGGAUGAAUCUGUUCGACUUUAA